AUGAGAAGAGGCCCAUCUGCUGAUUAUUUAGGCAGGGAUGUAGUGCUUGGGAAUUACAGCAGAAGCAUUGGGAAGAUUUGUGAUAUUGGCAGCACUCAGACUACAUCUGCAGACAUGGACAUCAUCCCACAAGUCCUCAAUUUUGGAGCUGGACCUGCCAAGCUGCCACCCUCGGUUUUGCUGGAAGCCCAGAAAGAAUUUGUUGACUACAAGGGCCUUGGGAUCAGUGUUCUUGAAAUGAGCCACAGAUCGUCAGAUUUUUCCAAAAUCUUGAACACCACAGAGAUGUUCUUACGAGAGUUAUUGAAUAUUCCAGAGAAUUACAAAGUCCUUUUUCUCCAAGGAGGUGGAAGUGGCCAAUUUAGUGGCAUUCCCCUUAAUCUUAUCGGUUUAAAAGAAUCAAAAUGUGCAGACUACAUAGUUACGGGUGCUUGGUCAGCAAAAGCAGCCAAAGAAGCUGAGAAAUAUGGAAAGGUCAACAUUGUGCACCCCAAACUUGCAAGCUACACUGAAAUUCCAGAUCCAAGUACAUGGAAUCUUAAUCCAGAAGCUUCUUAUGUGUACUAUUGUGCCAAUGAAACCGUUCAUGGUGUGGAAUUCCAGUACAUCCCAGAUGUAAAGGGCGCGGUUCUUGUUUGUGAUAUGUCAUCAAACUUCCUAUCUAGACCAAUUGAUGUUUCAAAGUUUGGGCUUAUUUUUGCUGGUGCUCAGAAGAAUGUUGGAUGUGCUGGUGUCACAGUUGUCAUAGUCCGGGAAGACUUGUUGGGCUUCGCAGUGAAAGAAUGCCCUACAGUUUUGGAUUACAAAAUCCAGGCAGGAAAUGGCUCACUGUAUAAUACUCCUCCAUGUUUCAGCAUCUAUAUAAUGGGACUUGUCCUGGAAUGGAUUAGGAAUAACGGAGGAGCUGCAUGUAUGGAGAAGCUCAGCAUCCUGAAAUCAGAGAUGAUUUAUAAUGUAAUUGAUGAAUCAAAUGGAUUUUUUGUCUGUCCGGUAGAAAAAAAGAGCAGGAGCAGAAUGAAUAUUCCUUUCCGCAUUGGAGAUAUCAAAGGAGAUGGUAAACUAGAAAGAGAAUUUCUGGACAAAGCAGCAGCACUUGGCAUGCUGUCUCUUAAAGGACACAGGUCUGUGGGGGGAAUCCGAGCUUCACUAUACAAUGCAGUGACUGUGGAUGAUGUUGAGAAGCUUACAGAAUUCAUGAAGCAUUUCAAGGAGACUCACCAGUGA